AUGGCGCAGUGGCCUGGCAUCCCCACCGAGGUCCUCCGCUGCUGCGCAGGGCACGCCUUCUUGGGGAAGCGGUGCGGCAGCGCUGGUAGGAGGCAGGGCGCCUGGCCUGAUGCGCAGAAGGGGCAGACGGAUAUGGAUGCAAAGCCGAGGGGGACGACGACGGGGAGAGUGUUCCCUACAUGGCUGGCUAGCCCGUUGCGGUGGCAGAAGGGAAGAGAGAGCUCUGGCGCUCCCUCCGUCGGUAGUACUUCCGGAAGCAAUGGCGGCUGGAGCGAGGAGACAUCAGAGAAAAGAUAUGCUUGUGUCCUAUUACCUUCUGCAAAGAGGAGAAAGUCCAGCAGUGCAAAUGUGCAAGGUUGCGAGCCAUCUCAGGCUACGACAAUGCAAGAUGCUGCAGCCGAGACCGGAAGCGCAGCAAAGAGGAGCUAUGCAGGAAAGCUCUCCGUUUCGACAACUGAAAUGGCAGCAAUUUCCAAUGCAAGAUCGAACCUUAACAUUGGAAUAGAUCUUUGGAAUAAUUCUCCAAUUAAAGCAGAGACCUCUGGACAGAUUCAGAUAAAUGCAGCAGCACCUUGCCAUGAUGCCCCUUUAUCACAGAUGGAUGAACGAGAACUGAAGGGGGAGAGAAGAAAGCAAUCUAACAGAGAGUCAACAAGGAGAUCAAGACUACACAAGCAGCAAGAAUGUGAGAAACUUGAAGCUAACUGA